UCAGCGCUUCAUGAAACGGGCUUCCCCGCUUUAGAAGUCCACCUCUGACCAUUCCUCCUGUUAAAUUUUGUUCCAUUAUAUUCCAAUGUCGAUGGAGAUUCUGAGUCAUGCAGGUCAUGGUUGUCCCAAAGAUGCUUUUUCAAGAGGCAACUGGACUUUCUUGUUUUUCUUUGAAGACGUUUCGCUUCUCAUCCAAGAAGCUUCUUCAGCUCUUAUAUUCCAGGGCAUCCCUGUGUCUGGAAUGUUGAUAUCACCUUUAUAGGCUUUGUUGAAAUAUUCCAGGAAUGGUGGUCUUUUCACUUAGAGUUGGAUGGAUUUAGGUUUUUCUGCAAGCAUAGUAUGCAUCUUAACUUGUAAGGUUCUGCUAGGUUUACACUCUCUGAACUGCAGAUACCCAAACAAUCAUACAAUAAUAGAUUACCGAGACUGAAAAUAUUUUGAUAGAUGUGGUUUAAACCUUGCACCAGUGGUGCACAUCUCUGCUGUUAAUUUGUUGAUUUUUUUUAAAGCUUCUGUGCAAGAAAUUUGCUCUGAAAGGAGGAUCCUUAAAGCUGUCUGUAAUUUGCUAUGAAAGGUGGAUCCGUAAAGCAUUUUUUAAAAUGCAGUCAUUUUAAUAAAGGCAAGAAAGGUCUUGGAUGCAUGAGGGCCAAAGCAUUUCUUUAAAAUCACUUUUGAAAUGAGGACAGUGCUCUCAACUUGUAUGAAGAGCUGUCCUCUGCAAACUGGGUGUACCUCUGGGACCAAUGCCUAAUGAAGACAUUGAUGUUAGUAAUUUGGAAGCACUGGAAAAAUAUCGUGUUUUCACUCGCUAUUUCAAGGUAGCAGAAAAAGAAAAUAAAAAAACUCCUUGGUGGCGAACAUAUAAGAAAUACAUCACUCCAGAGGAAGAUAAAGAGGCAAAGAUCGACAUUGGUCUGCCCAGUCUUCCACUAUCACGAAGAAAUAUAUAUAAAGAAAGAAAGGCUUUUAGGAAACAAAAUUUAACUAAUCCAGAACUGGAAAAGGCAUCCUGGCUCAAAACAUUGCAGAUUCCGCUAGAUGAUGUCAAAGCUGAAUGGGAAAGAACCAGUGGCCCAUAUCACAAGCAACGAUUAGCAGAACACUAUGGACUGUACCGGGACUUGUUUGAUAAUGCUAUGUUUGUUCCCAGAGUGCUUCUAAAAGUGGAAUAUAACCAGGAUGAGAAUUACGUUAUGCCAGUUUAUUAUGGAAAUGUGGUUACUCCCACAGAGGCUUUUAAUCCUCCUGAAGUCUCAUUUGAAGCAGAUGAAGGAACACUUUGGACAUUGUUGCUCACUAAUCUAGAUGGACACCUGUCUGAGGGCAAUUUGGAGUACGUCCAUUGGUUGGUGGGAAACAUUCCGGGCAACCAAAUAGAGGCAGGGCAAGAAAUCUGCCAUUAUUUCCCUGCAUUUCCAGCCAGAGGAACGGGAUACCAUCGCUACGUCUUCCUUCUAUUCAAACAGCACCAGCCAAUUGAUUUUACUGAAGAUGUGCGACCAACACCAUGUCACAGCCUCAAGAUGAGAACAUUCAAAACAUUUGACUUCUACAAGAAGCAUCAGAGUGACAUGACACCAGCAGGACUGGCAUUUUUCCAAUGCGAGUGGGAUAAGUCUGUUACAAACAUCUUUUAUGAGCUUCUUAACAUGAAGGAACCAGUGUUUGACUUUGUUCGGCCACCCAGAUAUCAUCCUCCCCAGAAGAAAUAUCCACACCGUGAGCCUCUGAGGUACCUGGACAGGUACAGGGACAGUAAUGAAUCCACCUAUGGCAUUUACUGAGCAAACGAACAUACUUAUUUCCAUAGGAGAUCUGAACAGAAUAAUUUGUGUGUCUGGUUUCCCCCCCACACCCCAAAAAAGAACAGAAGACCAUAAAAUAUCAUUGAAAGUGAUCCAGCUUAUCACCCGCUUGGAAGAAAAUCCAGUUUUCAUCUCUCUUGUGUAUAUGUGUCUCAGAUAUUUUGCUAAUUUGUUUCCAGUAUUUGAUCAAGAAAACUUAAAGAAUAAAAUAUUUUUAUUUGAAUAAAAUCAGACAAUACAAUACAA